UUGUAGGGAGAUGAAUCUGAACUCAACGAUAAUGUACUCACGUGCGUUGAUGAAAAUAGACCAUAUUGUACAUAGCCUUCCAUCAGGUGUUCCGAGAGGAAUACUCACCCGGUGCGUGGGUGAUGUUAGCAUGUGAAAGCACUCGGUUUUGGAGGUUAAAGAGGUCCACAAAUGCAGCUCCUCUCCAAACACAUUCUGAAACAGGGUUCUCAUUCGCAUGUGAAUCAGUCCACAGUGGCAAUACUUGCACGACACCAUUCCAGCAAACUCGUCUACCUGCCAUGAUCAUCACUGCAUCUUCAGCUUCUCGACACCAAUGAGCUCUUAUCUACCACAACAUCGCCUUUCUUGCUAGCUUUCACAUCCUGUGUCAACCACAACUGCGACCAUGGGUCGAAAGUCAUUGGCAGGCUGUCACAUCGUGACCUGCGGUAAAUGGAGUACUGAAUACAGCACAGAGAACAUGAAAAAAUGGAUCGAACAUCGAGGUGGACAUCACCAAGUCAAAGUCAAUGGGAAGAUGACACAUCUUGUCGUCACAGAAGACAAGUGGCGUGACAAUGACAAGCAGGUUCAAGAUGCCCAGGCGCUUAUUGAGUCAGGAAAUAAAGUUAACAUCGUCAAGUUCGACUGGCUCGUCGCCAUCUUCAACAAUUCUGGUCGGCGCAGUGUUUCGAGGUUUCUCUGGACCGACCCCAACGGAAAGAGCGAUGGUCAGAAGAAGUCUCCGACCAAGAAUAAUGAGAUUCUUGAAGAAUUGCAAGAACACGUCAAGACUACCGCCAACGAAGAGGAAAUUGCAAAAGCGGUUAAGAAGCACGAUGAGGCCAAGAAGUUGGCCAAGAUGGCAGAACGAUCGGGUCGACCAAGCGUCUUGCAACAUGGCGAACAGUUCAAGGAUGCCGAGAAUUCCGAUACCGCAACUGUGUUCGCGCGAGGAGCAAAGAAGGCCAAAGAUGAAGGGCUGUCCUCCAACUAUCACGUCUUUGUCGAUAGCACAGGGUUUGCGUACGAUGUUACCGUGACCAAGAUCGAACAGCAGUACAAUCGCAAUCACCGCUGGGCUAUCACGUUCCAGAUCUACGAAAGCAACACGGUUCCCCACACAUACGCUGUCAACGCCAUAUUUGGGGGCACUGGUCUCCUGCCGCAGAACAACAUGAUAACUUCUAUUGGUUCCACCUGGGCUGCAGCAUUCCGACGCUUUCGUGGAUUCUUCGAAGCGAAGACUCAUGUUGCCUGGGAAGAUCGCAUCGCGUUCGCAAAAGAGCGUGACCUACUUGACGCGGCUCGCGCAGAUCGGCGAGCCCUCAGCAGCAAAAAUCGCCCUAAGUUUCGAGAAGUCAGUCGAGAUUCUCCCGACUUUGCCGAGGAAGUGUUUCACUACUAUCCACCUGUUUUCGGUCCCGUAGGUUUGAUAGAUCUGGAAACGACAUCGGCCGGCGUGACUUUGCAGGCCGAACGACAUGAUUCUCCACAGCGAUCGACCGAAGCUGCUGACCGCAUUGACAAACAGGAACUCGCUAGUCCGCUCACUAACGAGCUUUCUGAGGCCACUGUCGAUCGACCUCCAAUCGGUAUUUCCGAGACAAACUUGAGUUCAGGGGCAAAAAAGGAAGAAGUCAGCGAACGCACCGUGCGUGCAGACUAUGAACAGAUGCAGGCGAAGGAUCGCGCAAAUGGAGACACAGUCGACCCAGCAACUACAUCAGAGUUCGUGGUGUCAAAGAAGCGUAUGCACUCUGGUGAAGACAACAAUCAGAUGCAAGCAGUAAAAGCCCUGAGAUUGUGAGCGAAAGUCGAUGGUGUUUGCUGCUCAAGCAGCUUUUGAUCAGUAGGAAGCGACGAUCUUGCUCAAUUGAAAUGCACAACUUACAAAGAUGAUUGAUUUGAAACAGGAGAGCGUCCCACGAUUGGUGAGGUGUCCAACAGGGUACGCGAGCGGUCAGGCUCUGCUCUAUACCGUACCCCAUCCUCAUCUGGUCCGGUGGGCUCGACGCCGCGAUCGCGAUCGCGAUCAUGAAUCAGAAUGGACAAUUCUUGUGAAGCAGUACUCCAUUUCCAUGUGUUCCACCAAAUAGUAUCCAUAGCCGGUGUAAAAGUACAAUAUCAACUGAUAAUCCCAGCAU